UUAAAUGAUAAAAUAGAGUUAUAUGAUAUUCUUGUUUGCAUUGAGUCUAUUAAAUAUCCUCAUACAGGUAAUAAUAUUCAUACUACUAUUAUUUCCAAACUUACAUUAUUAGAUUUGAAUGAUAAAGUUAAAAUUGUAGUUUCGGACAAUGGUUCUAAUGUAGUAAAAGCAAUUCAUGAGUGGGAGGGUACUGAACGCAUACCAUGUUCAGCACAUAGUCUUCAAUUAUGUGUAGUUAAAGCUUUACAAAAAAUUCAUCUUUAUAUAAAAAGAUUUAAAAGUUUGAAUAAUUUUUUCAAUUCAUCUAAGCAAAAUGAAAGGUUAGAAGAAGCACAGCGUCAAUUAAUAAAUAGAUAUGAAAGUAUUGAUGAUAAUCACAACUUGGAUAAUUCAGAAACUAGUCAAACUUCGUCUAAUCAAAUUUUACCAAAUGAUCAAACAUUACUUGAUCUUACAAAUGAAACUGCUUAUAUAUCUUUAAAAAUCUUGAGAACUAUCAAUGAAUGCAAUAUUCGAUGGGGGUCAGAAUAUAAUUUAUUUACAAAUGAGAAAUAUUUAAGUAAUCAAAAUUCUAAUAAUAGUCGAAAUAAUUAUCCUGAAGAUAAACUUAAUUAUAAUUGCAAUUUUAAAUCUUGUUUAUUUGAUGAUAAUAAGGAUGAAAUUAUUCCUGAAAAUAAAAUUGAUCAUUAUUUGGAUAAAACUCAAACACAAACUAAUA